AUGGCCGAGGACGAUGGGCAGGAGACAGUCCGGACGACCGAGUCUAUCAGCGAAGGACAGGAUCUAAUCGAUCUGAAAGUUGAAUUCGGAGGUGGACUGGAAACGCUGUUCUCUAACCAGAAUUCACUGAAGAUCCAGCUUCCCAAACCUCACACGAUACGCCAUCUAGUCUCGCUCUUAUCACCCCAGGUCAGGCCUCAAAAGUCGAUGUCGCUCUUCUGUUCACCUGGGCCAGAAUGGGAUGUCAAACCUGGAAUCUUACCAUUAGUCAACGAUGAGGAUUGGGAACUGUUGGAGCCGAGUGGAAUGCACGCCUUAUUGAAGCACGGCGAUAACGUGAUGUUUAUCAGUACACUGCAUGGGGGUUGA